GCGGGGCUCCAGGGGAAGCUGCCUGGGCCUCGGGUCAGCAGCCUGAGCUGGUCUCCUUGACUCCUCGCCUUUGCAUUGGUAGCUCACGUCAGGCCUGUGGCCCGUCUGGAAUAGGGUGACCCAUGUCCCCGUGGUCUUGGAAGUCUCUAGGUCUUUGGUGAGGCUUCAAAGCUUUUACGUUGAGCGCAGGCCUGUGGAGGGGGAGGCGUCUGGCCGACCCUCGGUCUGGGCCCUGUCCCCUCACCCUGCCCACCCACGACCCCCUGGGCUGCAGUGUCCUCCCAGAGUGAGGAGGCCUGUCCCCAGCAAGCCUAGGCAGAGAGCUGGUUGUGUGGUGGCCUUUUCUCGAGCAGGGGCCUUAUCUUACCUCCUCUUUGUCAUCUUUCCGUCCAGGUGGGUGAGGCCUGGUUGCCACACGAGGAAUAUUUCUAAUGAAUUGGAUUUAAGUGGAAGUUCUAAGGCAGGGGAGACAGUCUUUAUUGAGUCCUGAGAAGAGAAUUUGGAACUGCCCGGGUGGUUUGCGUGCUGCAGGAGUUGGAUCUCAAGCUAUCAUCUCCUCUCUGAGUCCUCGUUUUCAGCCUUCCUUCUCACCUGCUGAGUAACUGUGCUUUUGAAGUAAAUCAUUGAUAAUGCAUUUCAUUGAUAAUGUGUUUUAAAAAUCACCUCUUAAAUAGAAUUGUUCUUAUUCUGGUUUUUGCUGCUCUGGAGUCACCUGUGCUGUUCUUUCGCCUCCAGUCCCUGGACUCCUCGGAACCCCAGAGUCGCCCUGUCUGCAGCAGCGGGGGGGCUGCUGUGAGCGACUAUGUGUAAUUUUUUAGAACAAAUUUAGGUUUACAGGAGAGUGGCAAAGGCAGUGCAGAGCGUUUCUGCUCACGCUCCAGGGGGCUUCCCUUCGUGUUGGCGUCCAGAAGCACAGCACGCUUAGUGCUAAGAGCGGCAUCGGGCAGUGCUGUCAUGUCCGAUGUCCCCUCAUCUGUCCUCUGAGCUCCGUGUGCUGUUACUCAGAAGAUGCCCUCACAGCUGCGGGAAGUCUUCCCUCUGCAAGGGCUGCUGGGGCGUCUCACCUGGGGUGGCAGCAAAGUGACACAGGAGACUUCCUGCCAGCCCCACACCCCAUGGGCUUCUGCAGGGCCCUUUGAGAGGGGGGCCCCUUGCCUCCGUCCUGCUUCCCAGAGCCUCCCCUCAAGGCGGCGGUGGCCUCAAGGGGGAGGGUCCUGCCAUCUCUAGGCCUCGGUGUCCGCAUGUGCACGUCCACGGGGUUGGCCUUCCUCCCUGGGGUGGUCUCCGGCUCUAAUGUGUUGAGGCUCUCAGGCCUUUUAUGAUCUUAUUGGAUCCAGCAUCUGAGUGGGGACCAGGCCACUUCCCACACACAGCAGGGUCGUUAGUGGUUCAGCCUUUGGACCUGAGUCCUGGAGGAGAUGAGGCCCCUCAUUCCUGUAUUUAUUUCUGCGCUGGUCCCGUCCCCCCGUGAAACACGGGGGCGCAGAUCUGAACGUUUGCUCGCCUCGGUCUGGCAGGUCCUGCAGGAGAGCACUGACUCGGUGUCAGCAAAGCCACGUCAGAGCAACUUAGGGCCACCUUUGCCCCGAGAUGCCGCCCAGCUGGUGACCUGCCGGGACCAGGCCUGUGUAAGGGGGCGGGUGUGCGUGCACCUGGCCCUGAGCUUCACACGCAGGAGCAGCCAGCCUGUCCCUCCCUUUCCGGUUCAGAGCCUGGUUCUCCUCCUCCCGGGUGUGCUGUUGCCUGCCUGGAGGCUCGAGAAAUUCCUUCCUGCCGGCUCAGGCUGGCUCCCGACCAGACCAGGAAGCGCUGGGCAGUGAAGAGCACGUAAGAGGCUGGCGCCCAUGCGGCUGUACACGCUCUCCAAGCGCCACUUUGUCCUCGUGUUCGUCGUCUUCUUCGUCUGUUUCGGCCUGACCGUGUUCGUCGGGAUCAGAGGGCCCAAAGUGAUCCAGACUUCUGCAGCUAAUUUUUCACUAAAUAAUAGCAAAAAGCUAAAGCCAAUUCAGAUGCUUUCCAAUCCACUGUCUACAUAUAAUCAGCAACUGUGGCUGACAUGUGUUGUCGAGCUGGAUCAAUCAAAAGAAACGUCUAUUCAGACGAGCUUCCCCAUGACCGUUAAGGUCGACGGCGUGGCUCAGGAUGGAACCACCGUGUUCGUUCACAACAAGGUUCACAAUCGGACCAGGACCCUCACGUGUGCAGAGAAAUGUGCGGAAAUUAUCGUGGCUCACCUCGGCUACUUGAAUUACACCCAGUAUACGGUGCUUGUGGGAUUGGAACACCUGAAGCUGCCCAUCAAGGACGUGAAUUUCACCUGGAAGACUUAUGACCCUGCGUUUUCGCAAUUGGAAAUUUGGUUCCGAUUCGUCUUCGUGGUGCUUACCUUCGUUGUCACUUGCCUGUUCGCCCACUCCCUCCGGAAGUUUUCCAUGCGAGACUGGGGCAUCGAGCAGAAGUGGAUGUCCAUCCUGCUGCCUCUGCUGCUGCUUUACAACGACCCCUUCUUCCCGCUGUCCUUCCUGGUGAACAGCUGGUUCCCGGGGAUGCUGGACGACCUCUUCCAGUCUGUGUUCCUGUGCGCCCUGCUGCUCUUCUGGCUGUGCGUGUACCACGGGAUCCGGGUGCAGGGAGAAAGGAAAUGUUUGACUUUCUAUGUGCCCAAAUUCUUCAUUGUUGGACUGUUGUGGUUGGCCUCCGUUACGCUCGGAAUAUGGCAGACAGUUAAUGAAUUGCACGAUCCAAUGUACCAGUAUCGAGUUGACACAGGAAAUUUUCAGGGAAUGAAGGUUUUCUUCAUGGUGGUGGCCGCCGUGUACAUCCUAUACCUUCUGUUCCUGGUGGUGCGGGCCUGCUCUGAGCUGCGGCACAUGCCUUAUGUAGAUCUCAGGUUAAAAUUUUUGACUGCAUUGACUUUUGUAGUGCUUGUUAUUAGCAUCGUCAUCCUUUAUUUAAGGUUUGGGGCACAAGUAUUACAGGACAAUUUUGUGGCUGAACUGUCAACUCACUACCAGAAUUCAGCCGAGUUCUUAUCUUUCUAUGGCUUGUUGAACUUUUACCUCUACACCCUGGCCUUUGUGUACUCGCCCUCAAAGAACGCUCUGUACGAGUCUCAGCUGAAGGACAACCCCGCGUUCUCCAUGCUCAAUGACUCGGACGACGAGGUCAUCUACGGGAGCGACUAUGAAGAGAUGCCCCUGCAGAACGGCCAGGCCAUUCGGGCCCAGUACAAGGAGGGAUCCGAGAGUGACUGAGCCCCAAGGCCGCCUGCCCCACGGUGACCGCUUCCGGUCUCCCUGGACCUGCCUGUGCGCAGAUCUGUCCUACGAGCAGAUUUCCUGGUCCUUCUUUGUUUACAUAUUUUUGAAAGGAAAACCAAAACCGAGGACAGAUUGGAACAUGGGGCCAAGAUGUACUGUUAGACCAGCUGCAUUUAAACAGUCAACUCACUCGUCCAAGAUUUCAGAUUCGAGCUAGCAAUUUUCAGUGAUGAGAAAGAAAUCCCUCCUAUCUUUAGUAGGGCGAAUUAUGUACUUUACAAGAAGUGACUAAUUCCAAGUUCCUGGAAAGCCCUUUUGCGUAAGGCCCACAGCCGGCUGGCAUUCCUCUCCUCCCUUCCUUCCGGCCACCACGGUGUGGGGUUUUGACCCUUUCACCUCCAAGGGCAGCCUGUCUCUGUGGCUGCCCCACGAGGGCGGUCCUCCCCCACUGAGAGGCCUGGAUGACCACGUGUCUCAGGUGAUGGGUGACUCGUGUUGUUGCCGUGUGAGAUGUGUGGGCAUGUGACGGCUCUUUAGGGCAGGGAGGUAGGUGGGCAGGUUCCAGCCCCUCACCGCCACCCAAGCAGAGCUGGUGUCUUGGAGUUCUGAGGCCGCUUCCAUCAGGCUCAUGAAGAAGUCAGAUGAUUGACGGCCUGUCAGCUCCAGUGGGAAGGGUCUUGUGCCAGAGUUCUCCAUGGGCCUGCGUGUGCCCGUGUGUAAUGCAUGUGAGCGAUGCAUACAUGAGUGUGAAAGGCGUCCCUGUGCCGGGGGAAGGGAGGAGGGAAGUCAUUACAAGUCCAGAGAGCAGUAGUUUCUGCGACUCUGUUAAAUAGGAUACUCAGUAGAGCUUUUUUUUUUUUAAUAAAAGCUAAACAGGUGAUUGAUAUAACACUACAGAUUCAUUAUUGCCAAAAAAGUUUCCAGCUUCACAUUUGGAAGCCAGAGGAAAGAAAGUCAGACGUUUCAGGUGGCUCACAGAGGAGCAUCUUCAGGGCGAAGGCACCUUGUCGAGAACCAUCCCGCCUGGUCGGCUCUCGUGGUCAGGUAAACAGACCUGCUCUGGGUAAGUCCUCUGGAGUUGCUGAGUCUGUGGCCUCGUCGAAGGGCCUGGAGAGGUCCGUCCUCUUAGUUGAGGACUCAGGGUAGAAGUCCCACAUGGUCUCCUUUGCUUUUCUUUUUUUGACGGUAACUUCUCUCGAACUGUUUACCUGCGAUCUCUGUGGACGUCCUAAUGGACGCCAUCCGGGCAGACGGAGAGGUGACGGGUCCGCUCUGCAUCGGCCCCUCCGUUCAGCUCAUCUAUGCAUGAACUCUCCAAUUCCACUCAGAGCUCACAGUUACAGUCCACUGUAGGUAGUGCGGGGACCCUCGAGAGGCUCGCGAGACUGUUCAUGAUGACUUCGUAUCUUUAAUUUAAACUUUAAUGAUAAUGUCCCUUUAAUAUGGAUUCCAUUUGUAUUUGUUUUUAAAACCUUGUAAAUAAGAAUGUUUGAACUAAAACGGUUGUGUUAUUGCAAGGGUAGUUCGAGUUUACACGGGUUUUACAUUGGCAAUGAUGUGAUCACUUUUUUUGAUUCUGUGUAUUCAGAGGCAUUGAAAACAAUUUCCUGUUACUAAAUUUUACAACUUCUAUUAAGUCUAACUAUAAAUAAUUUUAUGUAAAUUGAUGAAAACUUGAGCUGAUUAAUGUAUUCUGGUAUGAUGUUUAUGAGUUUUAAUCAUUGUAAUUGUCCAUAAUUUGGAAUGCUGUUAUUUAUCAGUAAGUGUAGAAUAUCUGAGGCAUUUAGCUGCACACGUUAGGUGUUUUUAGCACUUGUCCUUGUCCUGUAGUACAAUUAUUAACUGACUGAUGUCUUCGUGUGUUGAUUCUUGGCAACAAGUCAGUGAAAUUAGAAAUAUGGGCGUAUUUAUUUACCUUUUAUAACUAAGUUGGAAAUAAGGAAAAAUUACAAAAGAAAGUACAUACGGGGAAAUGGUUAUUAAAUCAUGCAUUUUUAAUUUCUCUUCUCUGGUGUAUCGUAUAUGUCAACAUAUCACAUCUUCCAUGUAAAAAUGUGCUUGAAGUAUACAGAUAGCAUUUAGCAUGUAUUAUAUAUGUGCCUAUUAUAUGUGCCAUAGGUAUUAGGUUAAAACACUAAAGUCUGCCAGAAACUUUAGACAGUAGCAAGGAAGUUAUUAUUUUUCGGUCUUGGAGAGUAUCAACAUUUUGCUAACUUAAACCUAUAUAAACGCAAAGGGCUGACUUCAGUUCUUCCAUGGUAACGGCUCGAAUAACAUCAUCUGUGGGAUGCUUUUUUGUCCUGGUCCCGUCUAGGGAAACCUGGGGGAAGAGCACAGGCAUCCGUUUCCCUAGGGAGGGCUUCAUUAUCCGUGUGGAUAAAGGGCCGCUUGAUUUAUUCUUAAAUCAUUAAAGCAGCGAAGUGAUGCAGUUCUCUCUUAAGCCCCAUCUGAAAGGCUGAAGAAGGGGAUAUGUAAAAUAUAUCCAAGGUUUGUAAGAUUGUUCCUGUACAUAAUCACAGAUUUUAGUAAAAGUUUCGAUAGAAACCCAACUCGCUGAACAGGCAAGUCACGAGACAAACGUCACCAGCUCCCGGCACUCCAUGGGCCACUUACUGAAGGUACCGUGAUGGUCAGUAGGUUAUAAUGUGAUCAGCAGCUUACCUCCUGGAGUCCUUUUCACAGGGAAAAACACGGACGCUCAUAGAACGGAUGAUUAAAAGGGACAUUUAGUGACGACUAGACGUAAGUAUAUUUAUAUAUUUUGAGGAUUUUAGAAACCAGUUGCCUUAGCGGUUACUUUUGAAAAACAAAGGUACAAGUCAUUUCCAAAAGGGAAGCUGCUUUGGUCUGACAUCUUGUUACCCGGUUUCCCUUGAUUGGACAUGUUUUAUUAGAUAUACUGGUAACUGACACACAGAUUUUCUGCUACUGCCUUUUUGCAAAAAGACUGUAAAUAUUUGUAAAAUAAAACCACUUCAGUCUUUAAGCUCCGAAGGAAAGACAGAGCUGUGUAUUAGACCUUGGAACCGUGUGAGCACAGUAAUACCUGAUCACACAAUGAUCAUUGUAAUCAAAAGGGAAUAAAUGUUUAUUUAUGGAAAAUUUA